AUGGACAACCGUGCCCGCUCUAGAAGCCGUGGGAGGACGGAGAGCACGGAUCCUACCCAGACUUGCUCUGAGCGGUGGGUACACGCAUUUCGCGCACUUGCAGAGUUCGAAGAAGGAGCUUGGGCCGGCAAAGCCGAAGCCGAAGCCACCAGCCUGGGUCAAAUCAAAGCAAGAAGACUCCAGCUGCUUCGGGAGGCUGGUGAGGCUUUGGGCUAUCCGCCGGAGAGCUGGCUGUACUCUGCGGACGCUGCAGAUGCUCACGAGAGACUUGAGCACGUGCCUGCAACUUUGAACGUGGAAGGCCACUUGGAGCCAGGUCGCCCAGGUCGAACCUUCUCCCCACGCGCGGCACAAGGUCGCAGCAGCUUCGAGCAGAACCGGCAGUACACACUUGAGAACCACAUUGAGAUGGUGCUCGACGUUCACCGCGUAGCUGCUUUCCAGACUUGCAUCCAUCGGGCGGCUCCUGGAAGGCGUGUGCUGGAUGUUGGGUCCGGUGCAUUCUGCCUGCUUGGCAGACUUGCGUUGAAAGCCGGGGCAGUCCUCGUGCACUGCGUCGAGCAGAGUUCGGCCAGCAUGGCGCACGCGCGCGAGCUGUUCCAGAUGGAGAUGGCAAGGACGGAGUCGCCGCCGCUGCUGUGGCUUCGCCGCACACCUGCGACACUUUGCCCUGACCAGAUGCAGCUCAUGUUCCCGAGUCCGGAGGUGCGCCGAUGGGAAAUCCACGUGGAAGAUGCAGCGGCUGCAGAGAGAGUGGUGCAUGAAGUUGAGCAGCAUGAGGAGGAAACUUCAGACUCGCACAGCUCUCGGGGCUCCUACUGUGGCACUGUGCUCCUGUGGCCAGAUGAUGAGGAGUUCCCUACAAGCUUAGAGCUCCACCAAGGUCUUUGUGCGGAGGUUCCUCUGCCUGGAGAGUACGACCUGGUUCUACAUGAAGUUCUUGGGUACAUGGCCAGCUCAGAAGGUGUGGUGCCGACCAUCAGGGACCUACAUGCCAGGCAGCUUCCGACGCGUGGCUGUCAGUUCAUUCCGUCAGCAGCUGGAACAUACUUUGCCCCAACAGCACGAAUAGAGAUGACGGAUCUCGAAAUGGCUCUACAUCAACUCUUCAACGGAGAGGAAGAGCUGGCCGUGAAGACCAAAUACAAUGUACGCCAUUUUGACCCUUCCAGCUUCCUAUCGAAGCCUGAAGUUUUUGAGUGGUUUCAGUUUGACACUCCGGCGACUCUGGUAGACCAAGAGCGAUUGGUAGAGUUCAGGACGGCGCGUGAGGGGUAUUUUGACGGUCUGCAUUUCCACUUGCUUAUCGAACUGGACCCCCUGACUACACUCAACGUGCUGACGGUCCCCACGACUUGGUGCACGUCGUACAUUCGAUUGCUAAGAGAGGCCGUCUUCCUCCCCGCUGGAAGCCUGAUAACUUGUCAGUGCAGAGCAGCAAGCGGACCCACAGCCCAGUACUUCGUGGAGCUUUGGUUGGGACCGGCCACGGAGUCACCGCCACUUGCCCGCUUCGCGUGGUCGGGCUGCUCGCUUUCUUGUGCGUUGGUGGCAAAGGGCCACAAAUCUUCGCAUGGAUCCCCAGUCGGCACUGCAUUUCUUCAGCUCAACUUGCGCAAAUGCCGAAAAUGGUAUGAAAUUGUGCCAGUUGAUGUGGUGUCUGAGGUGCAGGAUGUGAUGGACUUGCUCCUAGACUUGGGCGUGCCGCUGACGAGCAAGCAACAGAUAGAACUACGGUUCCAGGCCACAGUCUUCGCGGCCCAUCAUAACGAUGCUGUGGACUUUGCCACGUUCAUUCAACUCAUCAGGUGGAUGCUGGACGUGAACCUGGGCGGCAUCAACCGGAAGACCGCAGGGAACGGUGGUUCCAAGGGAUUCCAGGCAGCAUCGGCAGCCUUGUCCGUGUCCUUGCGGUCACGGUACACCGCGUCCAGACGUGCAUCGCUAUCCUGA